CCCGCCGCCGUUCCCCUUCAACUUCCACCUCCUCGAAUUCACCCUCAUUUCCGCUCAAGACCUCUUCCCUUCUUCCCGAUCCAUGCGCACCUACGCCGUCGCUUGGCUCCACCCCGACCACCGUCUCCGCACCCGCCUUGACGCUGUCGGCCACACCGAUCCCACCUGGAACGACAAGUUCGUCUUCCGAAUCGACGACUCCACUCUCCGCUCCGACACCUCCGCCAUCCAUGUCGACAUCUACGCCUCGCGCCCACGCUAUCUUCUCGGACGCGACACUUUGCUCGGCACCUCUCGCGCUAUUCUCAGCACUCUCCGCCCCUCCCCUGCCACCAGCUUCGUCGCCCUGCAAAUCCGCCGUCCCGCCUCUCUCCGCCCGCAAGGCAUUCUCAACAUCGGCGUCGCUCUCAUCGACGCUUAUGUCCGAAGUCUCCCCAUCUACGCCGAUCUCGGCGCUUCUGCUUUUGCUUACCACGACCUUAUGACCAAGCCUGCUAAAAAAGUCAAUAAAGCUUCGUUCUUGCCGCCGCAGCAGGGCGAGGUGGUGUUGGAUAGAAACGGGUCGGUGGGCGGGAUGGGGGAGAAGGAGAGGGUGGCGUUGGAGAAGAAGUUGAAGAAGUGGCGGUCGGAGAUUCCGGCGAUGGAUGCUAAGGAGGCUGAAGCGACAAACGAGGAGGGGAGUUCGAGAGGAAAGCAGAAGAGAGCUCGGGGGAUGUCAUGCUUCAGUAUCGCAGGUCAGUACGCGGAUGAGAUCGAGGAGGAAGAAGAUAGCGCCCGCGCUAGUAGCCGGAGUAGCAGUAGCCGCCGCCGGAAGUCAAAACACUCCAAAAUCCAGCAAAAACCAACAUGAACGUAGCUGAGAAUUUUGCGAAGAAGCGUAAUGUUGGAUUUUCGCCAAGCCUCGCAUUUUGCCACUGGUUUUCUUCGAAGCAAGGUUGGGGUGUGUGGAGGUAGGACUGCAUAAUUCUCCACACUCACUCAUGUCAUCGAUAUCCUUUUGUUGAGCUCUCCAUGGCAACAAAUUUACAAUUAUAGCUUGACUCAAUCUUCACCGAACAUGUCAACUUCUUCUGUUUUAGCCAAGAUCACCCCGGAAAUCAUUUAAACCUAUCAACUAUGAACAUUCACUAACUUUGACACCUCCUUUUCCCUUUUAAUUUAAAUUAUAUGGAGUUUUUUUUUCUUUUUUUUUUUGAAAAAUAAUUAUUAUCGCACGUAGUCCGUGUACAACAAUGUUGUGCAUCAGUGUACAUCAAUGAUAUACAUGGAAUCCGUACACAAUAUUCUCUCAUUUUUGGAGAUAUUGAGGUCACCUUCCAUUUGCCUUCAGGCUU